AUGUGGGUCCUUGAGAAGAUCAGGGAGAGCGUGGAGAGCAUUCCUCUAGAGGUCAGUCGUUACAUGGGAAAGAGUGAGGAGGAUGUCUCUUCUAAAAUCAGCUUCUCUCAUAAUCUGCACAACAACAUCCUCACGCCCGACAAGAUCCCAGAGUUCUGUCUGCCUCCGCGGCUCUGCAGGAGGAAGCCCCUGAUUGAAGCUGAGACGGCCCCACCUCGCCUGCAGAGACGCAACCACAUAGCCAAGAGCAGCACUUGUUCCAACAAAACAAAUGUAAAGACCAACGAGGCCAAAACAAAGAUUGGUGACGCAUUAGUGGCUUGGAAGGCAACAAAGAAACCUUUGCCAUUCUCUGCAGAUGGGUAUGGGCUGGCUGGGAUGUAUGAGAGCCCCAACACUCGGAGAAAAGAAUCUUUGUUCCACUCAAAUUUGCCUGAUUACGUGCUCAAAAGAAGAGCUCCCAUUGCAGCACCCAACAUGGCAAAGGAGACAAACCUGCCCAAGAAAACUUUAUCUGGGUUUUUCCCUGUGUUUUCAAACAGGAGCCUGUCAGAUACAGGAAGCACAGAGAGUGAAACACCUUCUUCCAGUGAUUCCUCGCCCCUCAGUUCCCCUUACAGUCCCAAAUCCUCCUUCUACAUCCCAUCAGGCAGUGGCGGUCUUAAAACAGCAACAUCCUGUCCUCUGUUACAUGACAACAGGGAGGAGAAAGGGAGGAUGAAGAGGGUUUUUUUAAGUGUGCAAACUUUUCCCAGUAGCCGUCCCAGCUCAGUGGGACGCUCGCUCACCCUCGCCCCACCUGUCCUCUUCCCACUGGAGGUUCUGCAGUGUCAGGAGAGGCUUCAGCGGGAGCACGUCCUGCCUCUGCAGGGCCGUGGUAAAGUGCGCCUCUCUGCCGAGAGCACCACAUUCUCCACCAACACGCUGUCAUCCCUCUCCACAGUCAGAGUUCGUGUGGUGUCUGUGGAGGGCGUGCAGGACGACUCUGGUCGGCAAACCCUGAACUGUGCAGUGAGUCUGUGUCUGACACCAGGGAAGCUGCAGCAGCAGAAGAGCGCCACCAUCAGGAACUGCCGCGACCUUGUGUUUAAUGAGGAUUUCUUCUUCACAGAGCUGAGUCAAGAGGAUCUGCUGGAACUGCAGCUGAGAUUGAAAGUGCUGGAUAAACCUGGAGCUGGAACACUGAGGAGGGGGACAGUGAUCGGAGUCAUCACCAAACCUUUGUCUCAGUUACUUCACCUUAAUAAAUUGGUGCAAGAAUAG